AUGUUACCAUCUAUGUGCCCUAUCUAUCUAUCUAUCUAUCUAUCUAUCUAUCUAUCUAUCUUAUCUGUUAUCUUAGUCUAUCUAUUAUCUAUCUAUCUAUCUAUCUAUCUAUCUAUCUAUCUAUCUAUCUAUCUUAGUCUGUUCAUUAUCUAUCUAUCUAUCUAUCUAUCUAUCUAUCUAUCUAUCUAUCUAUCUAUCUAUUUUAGUCUGUUCAUUAUCUAUCUAUCUAUCUAUCUAUCUAUCUAUCUUUUAGCCUUUUCAUUAUCUAUCUAUCUAUAUAUCUAUCUUUUAGUCUUUUCAUUAUCUAUCUAUCUUUUAGUCUUUUCAUUAUCUAUCUAUCUAUCUAUCUAUCUAUCUAUUUUAGUCUGUUCAUUAUCUAUCUAUUCCGUUCAAUUCUAUCUUUGUCUUUUCAUAUCUAUCUAUCUAUCUAUCUAUCUAUCUAUCUAUCUAUCUAUCUAUCUUAUAAUACAGUAUUUAUCUCUUUAUUAUAUCAAGACUUACCCCAUGCUCCUGGUACUACGUAAUCCGGUACAGUCACGUCCCUUCCAGAGUAGAUAUGCAAUACUGCUUCAUCACUUUCCUCGAACUGUACCGAGAAUUUUGAAUGCGUUGAAUGGUAUACGCGGCAUCCAUUUUAAAGCCUUGAACCGGCGAGGCACACCCAUACCCACACCCACAUCUAUCUAUCUAUCUAUCUAUCUAUCUAUCUAUCUAUCUAUCUAUCUAUCUAAUUGA